AAUAUGACUCCCACAGCGAUAUUUUUUUUUCGAAAAUAGAUCAGGUCCACUCUGCUGAAUACAGCGAGGGCAGUAUAUGAGGGUCUCCCUUCCACCGAGAACAUCAUUCCCCUUCACUGCAUCGGGCAAGCAUUCCGAGUACUGUCGGCAACCUGUAAGGGGGGAUCAUCUCCUGUCUCAAACAGGAGCAUCAUGGCUUUCAGAAACAGUUUCAAUGCGUUCACUCUGCUGGCAAUUGCUCUUUUGGGAGUGAUUCCUUGCGCUGAAGUACUUGCUCAGGGUUUACCACCGGGAUUCCUACCACCACCUGACUUCCAAGCACCACCUCAAGGAUUCCCAGUUCCUCCCGGUACCCUUCCACCUCCAGGAUUCUUCGCACCUCCUGACUUUCAAGCACCACCUCAAGGAUUCCCAGUUCCUCCCGGUACCCUUCCACCUCCUGGAUUCUUCGCACCUCCUGACUUUCAAGCACCACCGCAAGGAUUCCCAGUUCCUCCCGGUACCCUUCCACCUCCUGGAUUUUUCGCACCUCCUGAUUUUCAAGCCCCGCCUCAAGGAUUUCCAGUUCCUCCUGGCACCCUUCCACCUCCUGGAUUCUUCGCACCACCUGACUUUCAAGCACCACCGCAAGGAUUCCCAGUUCCUCCCGGUACCCUUCCACCUCCUGGAUUCUUCGCACCACCUGACUUUCAAGCCCCGCCUCAAGGAUUCCCAGUUCCUCCUGGCACCCUCCCACCUCCUGGAUGGUUCACACCUCCCAGCAACCUACCACCCCCUGGCUUUCCAGUUCCUCCUGGCACCCUCCCACCUCCUGGAUUUUUUGCUCCUCCUGAUUUUCAAGCCCCACCUCAAGGAUUUCCAGUACCUCCUGGCACCCUUCCACCUCCUGGAUGGUUCACACCUCCCAGCAUCCUACCACCCCCUGGCUUUCCAGUUCCUCCUGGCACCCUUCCUCCUCCUGGAUUUUUCGCUCCUCCUGAUUUUCUAGCUCCACCUCAAGGAUUUCCAGUGCCUCCUGGCACCCUUCCACCUCCUGGAUGGUUCACACCUCCCGGCACCCUCCCGCCCCCUGGCUUUCCAGUUCCUCCCGGCACCCUUCCUCCCCCAGGAUUCUUCACACCUCCUGGAUUCCCAGCUCCUCCCCUUGGUCCACCCCCACCUCCAGGUCCUCCAGCACCACCCAAGAGCACUCUGCCUCCAGCAGAAGGUCCCGCUCCUUUCUUCAUUACGUCGACUUACGCACUGGCGGCUGCACCAAUUUCAGUGAUUUACGCACAAGUGAUAAUUGCCCUGGCUUCAGUUUUAGUGACAGCUGUCGCUUUGGCUCUGUAGGAGCUGUAGAACUCAUUCAAUGAAUUCAUUCAAUGGAACAGUUUUCGUACACACACAUAGGAUAGAAAACGAAGAACAAGCUGAAGCAUAGCUGCACUAGCUUUUAGUCGGAUUCUCUCCAAUUGAGACCACAUUGGUCUAGAGAGCGUCUUGAACAUUCCCUUGUUUGGAAUCAAGAACUUUGAGGUCGACCUGAUUGCGGCAACCAGUACAGUAGAAUAAAUUUCCAAGCUUAGUUUUACCUUUAAUUCAUAAAGUGCUUCCCUAGAGCAUCAUUAAGCCUGCAGCAGUAGCUGCUGCCUGAAUCUCGGGUUUAUCGGUACCAGAAGUAUUACCCCAGGUCAACAUCCCCGUUCCUACAGAACUUUAACGUAGAUAUGUUUAGUUCUGUGGCCAGCCAUCUGAAUGCAGGCUGUGCUGCAAGCUAGAAAUUCAUUCUUCGAGUCAGUCAUUGUGGAACUCCUCCCUGUCCGGGAAAUUUGAGUAAAGUGCAGAGUUCUCUUGCAUCAGACACC